AUGACCAGGCCUGUCCGGCUAGGGGCCAUUCCUGUGGCCUUAGCAACACUCGUUCUUGUCAGAAUGGUAGUCUCACAAGCGAGCAAUACUAUUGACUUUGGCUUUUACCCAGAAGGAGCUCAGUCCUGUCUGUAUCAGGCGGCAGGAGAGUCACAUUGUGAAGCUAGCACAGUGCCACUGACCAACUCCUGUCUCUGUCGUAACGGCGGCGACUUUAUCAAACGAACAGCGAGAUGUCUUGGACGAGAAUCUCCUGACGACCUGGAAUCUGUUUACGACAUUAUGAGGGUCGCAUGCAGCGACUCGAAUACACCCAUUGGCCUAACUAAGGCACAAUUCCUGCAAGAAGCAGAAAGCGCUAAGUCAUCAACGUCUUUACCAACUGCUACCGAAACGAGAACCGUCACAGCAACAGGAAUCGUGACGGCAACCCCCAAUAUUACAGCAACACCGACUGGAAACAUACCUGGUAGCACGACAACAACAAUAGGCAAUAAUGACGAGGAUGACUCAGGCCUUUCUAAGACCGAGUUGGCUGGGAUCAUUGCGGGAGGUGCUGUGGCGGCUAUAGCGAUCCUAGGCGGUCUGGGAUUCUUUUUUAUGCGCAAAAGAAGGAAGAGAUACAGCGAAGAGUCGCACCCAAUGCUUCCCCAAGGGCAGCAUGGAGGUGCAGGUGCAGGCGGUGGCGGCGGUGGCGGCACCGCGACCAACUCGAUGGUGCUCCAAGCCCACCCGUACUCAAGCCCUUUGCAGCCCCAAAUGGCGGCGGCAGCAGACUGGCAGCCAAGGCCGUGGGGUACCCCAUCUCCCGACCUUCGUCAAAGCGUCGUCAGCAACCCCGGCCUCAGUUGGGAGUCGCCCGGACAUCUGUCGUAUGCGAGUAGUGUGCAACCGUAUGAUUCCCAGUACGGGGCGUAUGGUCUUUCAGGGUUGAGCAUCACUCCUCCCUCGGCCGGUCUGCCCAUGAGCACUUCGAUACCACCAGCGUCGGUUCCAGCGCCAGCUCCGUCGCCAUCGCCGGCUCCGGUUCCAGUGCCAGUCUCGAUAUCGUCCCCUCCGCCGCCAAUCUCGGAGCUUGAGGCAACCGAACGCCAUCCCCUCGGCACAACUCAGGCACCAGCCGAGAUGAGUGGUUCCGAGCCGAGAACACAACAAUGGCAGGGUCCCUCUGGAUUUUCUUGGAGCAAGCCGUGA